UGGUUUUAUUAAUCAUGUUAGAGUAAAAAAUGCUCGAAUAUAAAAAAGAAGGAUGUUCAAACAAACACAUAUUGCUUGCAUCGAGUCUAUUUUGUAGCUGUGGUUCACCCUUUGCGGACAGAUACCGAUAUGUACCAUGCCACCAUGUACUGUGUAGUGGAUGCUUUAUAGCCAAUAAUACAGCGGAGUGUUGUUCAGUGUGUAAAGGCCAAAGCGAUAACGUGGAACUCAUUCACCCUAACGACAACCUAUAUAUAUGCACAUUAACGGGAUGUAACAAAGCAUUCCUUAAUUUUCAAAGUCUCAAGUUUCAUGGCAAAAUAGCUCAUGAUUUAGAAGCUACUUCUCUAAUUGAAUAUUAUGAACAAACCGGAGAUCACCAAAUUAGAUUUGGCGAUGUACAGAAAAUAACACAUGAACCUAUUAAAGAAGUUCUAGAAGUGACCGCAGACGAAACAUAUGAAGACAAUGAUGUUCAAAUGACUGCCACGGAUGCUUUAACGGAAAAAAGAACAGAAAAAUCAAUGGCUGAGAAACCGAAUGAAUCAACCAUUACAAUGCAACAUGCAGAUGAUCUAGAGGAACUGAUGUGACUGUGUUCAAAUGUGUAUUAUAUAUUCAGGAAACGAAUCUAUUUGGUACGACUGCU